GCAAAACGACAUCGUUCCCAGUACAUACUCAAAUCAUCUCGACCCAAUUCCUUCUUCCUUUGAAAAAUUGGAAGCUUUGGGGGUUCGAUGGAGGCUAGCAAGAAGGGCUACGCGUGGGCAGUCUCUGCCGGGCUCUGCGCCGCUUCCGCCGCCGUUUCGGCGAAGCUCAUCACUAAUCAGAUUGUAAAGUACUGUUUCGUGAUAUUAUUCAACGUGACAAUGUGGGGGUGCUUUGUGCAAAGCUUAAAAAAUCUGUCGUCUCUGCAAGCUACAGCGACGAACUUUGCUACCAACUUCCUCACUUCUGGUCUGGCUGGAUACUUUUUGUUUCAAGAACCCUUAUCUGAGAAGUGGUUUGCAGGUGCCCUGCUCAUUGUCGUUGGCGCUCUCGUGCUUAGUAAGUCAAGUAUCGAGAAGAAGGCUCAUACGGAUUAAUGUUUCUGCAUUCCACUUGGCGUUCUCGGUUUUGGUUGAGAGAUUAGAUAACUACAGAUUUUGUGAGGAUGUACCUGAAACUAAAACAGUUGAACAAUCUGUUUUGUUUAUGUGUAAUUGUGCUUUUUGUGUAAUUUUGUACUUUGGUGACUCAUUUUGUGAAUAAG